AUGAACUCCUUGACUGAGAACUGCGACAAAUUCACACUGAGCUAUGGAGGGAGGGUCCUCCUCGGUGCGUCCGGCAUCGUGGUGAGUUUAUAUUCGUGGGAGGGACCCGGUUUGUCCCGCAGUCAUUCAAAAUCUCUCACCAUCGAAUUUGAGGAUGAAAAUGGACGGAAAAUCGACUUCCACGCCUGGUGCGCCUGUCGCCCGCGCUGGCCGCUUGAAUAUGGCAUAAAUAAUGCGAAGGAGUGGAAAUUUUGGUCUCGGGAUCCUUCCCAAUUCCGUCGCGGCGGCUUACCGUCCUCGCAGCGCGUGAACGAAACUGUAAGAUUCCACCAACUUCGGCUCACCGUGAGCAGCAGCGGGCGGUCGCACGGCCUUGACAUCAACGUUUAUGCGGAGCAGUCGCCCACGACCGGGUAA